AGGUAAUUUUCACGUCAGAUGGCAUCAUUGUUUGCAUUGUAAAGAUGUACUAGUUGGGUUUGUGUUCAUAGAUGCAACUUUGAAUCAGUCUUAGUGUUAGGUUAGUCUGUUUUGGCCUUAAUGCUGUAUGCAUGCAUCAAAGAAAGGCAGGUUUGAGUGGAUUUGAUUCUAACUCUUUACCUCCUUUGUCUUGAUUUUGCUGGUAUCUUAAGGUUUGGAUUGGAGGAGAGGCUCAGUGGAUGCCGGAUCACUGGGAUCAGUACAUAAUGAAGAUAGGAUAGGGAUUGCUGGAUACAUGGAACAGGAUCAAUUGCUCCCAGGAUCAUAGGAUUUUAAGACCACAGUUCAAAAGUACUUCCCUGCCCCCUUUAUUUUCUUUAUACCUCAGUGGAAAAUGUAGACGUUUUGGCCCUUCACAUUUAACACAUUGGAGGAGCAGAGGCUGGAGCAAUCUGUGGGGAUGGAGUCGACAGGAACCGUAUGGCACCAUGACUGACAGGAAGGCUGUGAUCAAGAAUGCCGACAUGUCUGAAGACAUGCAGCAGGAUGCCGUGGACUGUGCUACGCAGGCCAUGGAGAAAUACAACAUAGAGAAGGACAUUGCUGCAUACAUCAAAAAGGAGUUCGAUAAGAAAUACAAUCCUACGUGGCAUUGCAUUGUGGGAAGGAACUUCGGCAGCUACGUGACCCAUGAGACAAAACACUUCAUCUACUUCUACUUGGGCCAGGUGGCCAUUCUCCUCUUCAAGUCUGGCUGAGUCCAGACCGGACCAGACCGUAGAAUGUAUCUCCUGUGAAGACUGUGAUGCACUGGUGGCUGAUGUCAUCAACGAAAUAUUAAACGAGACCAUACCAUGACUAUGCUGGCUGUGCACAACUGCAUGGAUCAUAUCCCAUACUACUUGUGUACAUGUUGCAGUUAAAUUGCUUUUCAUUAGAGGCCCCAAGUUUUUGUUAAUGGUCCUUGCAGGUUUUUCCUAGCACAUAUGUUGUAAAAAUAAAAUAAAAAAAACGAACAAAAAAGCAUAAUUAUGGAAGUCAGAAAAUGUGAGUAUUGACCAGCACAUAUGUCUGCUAUAAAUGGAUAUAUUUUUGGUGACUUAGUGCUGUAAUAUUUUGAAUGCCAUGCGCUGUAUGUCAUUUUUGGGGUAUUGGGGCAAAGCAUAGAAGCACAUUUGGUUGUAUGGAGGUGGAUCUGUAUAGUUUGAUUGGAAGCAUUUUGUUCUAGAAGGAAUGUUUUGGUCUGAUUACCUCUACAGUAAAUGUAUAUUUUCCUUUCAUUUGAUGUUUGAGGUAUUGUGUUUUGAGAGAGCUAGUAUUGACUUUUGGAAAUGUCUUAUCUGAAUAUACAAUGGAUUAGAUGUAUGUAAUCGAGAUGCACAUAUAAUUAAGUUUAAGAGCAAAAACAUCACAUGUAAGUCAUAUUACAAAAUACUAACUCCAUCAAAUACUAACACCAUCAAGCCAAUAACAUCUUGUCGUCAAGUCUUUUCAUGUAAUCGUCUGCAGAACAGGUUAUGAAUGUAAUUAGUAAGGUCUGAUCGCACAACAGAUGUAUUUGUCGUCUUCCUGUCUGCUGUUCUGCUAUUUCGGAGUAGAAUUAAUUUGCAUGUGUCUGUUUUUUUUUUUCUUCUUCUCAUGUCUGCACCUGAUUAUGUCUUUAUGGUUUGCACAUAGCAUAUGCCAAAAGCCCUCUCAGGUACCGCCAUUGACAAAAGCGGCCUGUCAGAUUCAUUAAAACGUGAUUGAAAGA